GAGCAGGACUGCGAGAUCGGUAUCGGCCAAAGUCGAUCGAUGAUGAGGCGCCGUCGCAAGCUCUCGUCCUCUAGUAGACACACGUAUAUUCCUAUAGCCAACCCGCAUCGUCCCUCUGAAAAAGAGAGUAUAGCGUGAUCAGGUUAUUAGUUGUCAUCUUGAGAGCAUACCGAUUUUCGACUAUCGCUUAAAAUGAGCACGAACGGUGAUGCUCUCGGGGUCGAGAAUGGUGGAGGAAAACUUGCGGGGGAAGGACACGAGGCCCGAAAAAAGCUCAUCAAUGUCAAUCUCGUGUCGCUCAAGUGUCUGCUCUUCUUCUUCUUCGGAGGAAUCGGUUGCCUUCUGCCCUUCCUGCCUCUGCACAUGCUGGCCGUCGGCCUCAACGACCACGAGAUACGAAUGAUUUCGAUGAUCUCGCCCGUCGUGUCGCUCCUCGGUCCCCUAAUCGCCGGUCCAAUAGCCGAUCGCGUGUCCGCCUCCCGCCUGAGACGCCAAAAGGCCAAUGCCCAGUCGUCGACGAUUCACCACAACCAACAACAGCCACAGCAGGGCAUGUACCUGCGAGUCAUGAUAGCCGUGUGCUGCGUCUUCUCGGCGCUGUUCUACGGCCUUCUGCUCCUCGUGCCGGUUGUCCAGAGGAUCGACGUGCCGCACGAGCUCAGGCCCGCCGUCGGAUUCUCGUGCGACGAGCACGGCGCCAUGGUCCACCAGGAGAGGUGCCGGGACGCGAUCGGCUGCCACCGAUGGUCGAACGAGGACCUUGCCGGAGCCCUGAGACUGGGAAGCUGUGAUUACGCUUGCUACCCAUCGACGCCGAGUAACGAGAAACGUCGACGGGACAAAUUUCCCCCGGAGCAGAUCUCGACGCCUGCUCCCAGCACGACACCCUUGAACCGUGUCGACGAGGACGAUGGCGGUAGUGGAUUGUUCCUCCCGAGUGUCAUCCCACUUGGCGUGACCAGCAGUAGUACCACAGGUACUCCGGUUAUCGGUAACAGCAGCGGGCUCAGGUUGGCCACGUCGAACAGCCGAGCGCCGCACUUGUGCUACAACGACAGGCUGGGCCGGCGAAUCUGCCACGUGUUCACCGAGCCCUCGGCCGAACUUUUGCUCAACGUGAGCCUGAGGGAGGCCACGAAUCCCGAAGCCGCCGAAAGCUGGUGUGCCUUCCCGGUUGCGCAGCCCAUCGACUGUCGGGUGCCCCACGAGCUGACGCUGGCCCAGGCCAACCGGAGCUACUGCCAGAUCGAGUGUCGGAUCGAGGACCCCUACGACAAUGUCUUGGGUAGGAAUAAGGAUGAUUAUAGCGUAGGUGUUCACAACGUACUCGCGGAGAGCCAAUGCAGGCGCGUGAUCGGCAACGAGCAGCUCACUUUCUGGAUGUAUCUGGGGAUCCGGUGUCUGGCCGACGUGUUUCCAACGGCAGCGAUCGCCCUCGUCGACGCGGCCAUCGUCAUCGCCACGCGCGAAACGUCGGCCGGGCGCGGCGACGUUGGCCGGCAAUUGGCCUUCGGGGCACUCGGGGUCGCAGCGUUCGGUCCCCUCAGCGGCUACCUCACGACCCAGCUCGGCCCUGCCCCGGGCUAUUACGCGCCCCUGCUGUUGCACGCGGUCCUCAUCCUCCUGGCGGCUUUUGUGGCGCUGAGCGCCCACGGGAUGCCCCUCAGCCCGCCCGAGUGGUGGUGGCACACGCGCAGCGGCAUGCUCGCCCUGCCCAUGAGCGCUGUCCGGAAGUACGGGGGCGAGAGCGCCGCGCUCUUCUUCGUCCUCGUCCUCGCCGGUGCAUUCUGGAGCGCCCUCGACAGCUACCUUCCCCUGCAUCUCGUUCGUUUGCGCGCGGACGAGUUGUCGGUUGGCUUGGCCAUGAGCCUCGGUGCCCUGCCCGCGGUGGUAUUUCUCUGGAGGUCGGAGCACUUUGUCGAUUACUGCGGACACAGCAACCUCCUCAUCACCGCCUUCGUCAUGUACAUCGCUAGAUUUACCGGCCUGAGUGUGGUUCCGGACGUCUGGUGGGCUUUGAUUCCCGGGGCGCUCGAGGUCUUCACUCUGGCGAUCAUGUGGGUCACGACGAUACUCUACUUCCGUCAUCUCAUUCCUCGGCAAAUGACCGCGGUUGGCCAGGCGCUCCCUGUCGUGGCUCACUUUUGCAUCGGUAGGGCAAUAGGAGCGGUGAUCGGUGCCUGCGUCGACAAGGUCGACAGGGACAACGAGGUGGAGGCGAUGCGUUACAUUUACCAGUGCCUGGCGGUCGCAGCGGCGGGAAUCGCCAUCCUGUAUUUCGCGCUUUACCACGGGUUUUUCAAGCCGCGCUGUCACGCCCGGAUGAACCAGGGCAAUCACGUCCAGACGUCGACGAUUCUCCAAGAGAUGAAUGGCAAGCAAAAUUACUCGCCACUGAGGGUCUAUCACAAUGGCAUGGGUCGGAAGGGACAGUUCCGAUAUUAAUCAAAAUAAACAGAA